AUGGCCAUACUGACGGGCUUCAAUUUAACCGAUACUCAAAAAGUUUGCCAACCCCACUUGUCCUGGGGCUUAAGUAACUGCUCAACGCUAUUUAAAACGCUUCGGCAACAAGGAUUUACAACCGCCUUUGCCGAAGACGAAUGCGAUAUAAAUACAUUUAAUUUUGGCAAGGCUGGAUUUCGCCAUGAGCCCACAGAUUAUUAUCAACGUCCCUUACUCUUAGCCAUGGAAGAUAGAUUAAUGUAUCUGAAACGUUAUGGUAGCCGUUUUUGUGUAGGCCAUAAGCGAUAUGCCGAAUACAUUUACGAUUUUGGCCUGGAAUUUGCUGAACGCUAUCUGGGCAAAACUAUAUUUGGUCUUUUCUGGAUUAAUAGCGUUAGUCAUAAUAGCUGGCGUGGUCCAUUAGCAAUCGAAGAACGAAUACUCGGCUAUUUGCAAGAGCUUCAUACCAAACGUAUAUUAGAACAUAAUGUGGUGGUAUUCUUUAGCGAUCACGGCAGUCGUUGGGGCUAUUUACGUAAUCGUAAGAGUGGCUUUAUUGAAGAACGUUUACCUAUGUUCUUUAUAUGGCUACCGAAAUGGUUUAAGAAAUGUUACCCGGAGGCCGGUGCUGCCUUAAAACAGAAUAAGCAUCGUUUAACCAGUCCCUACGAUUUUCAUGCUACGUUAAAACAUUUAAGUGUUCUAGCGCAAGGAAAGGGUUUUUCUACGUUGCAGAAAAUGCCGGCGCCUCAAGGCUGCGUCACCUGUCAAUCUCUUUUAAAAUCGAUUCCUGUAGAUCGUUCAUGUUCUCAAGCCGGAAUAGAAGAUUAUUGGUGUACCUGUACUCCAUUUUAUAGCGUUGAUACGAAAUCUUAUCAAGUUCGUGAAAUCUCUGAAACGCUAAUUCAUCACAUAAACACAUUUCUAAAGUUAAAAAAUUUUACCAAUUUAUGUAGAGAACUGACCUUGAAAACCGUAGAGGCGGCAAAUAUAAAAAUGAAUAUAAAGAGUGUAAAUCAUACUGAUUAUAAAAGGACGACAUAUCGUAUCACUUUUACCGUUUAUCCAAGCGAUGCUAAGUUCGAUGCCAGCUAUCAUCUGAAUUAUGAAACUAAGGGGACCGAAAUUAAUAUCGAGACCAUAAGUCGUUUAAAUAGCUAUGCUAAAGACUCGCAAUGCGUGAACGAUGUUAUAGCUAAAAAAUUUUGCAUAUGCAGCGAUAGUAUUGGAACUGCUGAUGGAAACUUUCCAGUUAAUAAAACUUUGUUGUACUCUCAUUAG